UUGUUUAGGUUCAAUCGUCACUUGUCAACAAACCUGUCAAUUAGAUAAAAGUAGUUAGAUAUCCUACCAACUUUAGCGAAUACCUGCGUUUAUAUGCCAUGUCAUUCCUUUCGAAGCACUCUUUCCAGUACAAAAGUCUACGUAGACUGAAAUAUUUUGGAUCAGGACGUAUGGGAGAGAGAAAAAUUACUGUUUAUCACAGACAUUUGGCAGAAGAUAAAAGUAAAGACUCAGGUGCUGAAAAUGUUGGAAAAGAGAAUACAGAAAACAACAAGGAUGACAAUACAGAUGUUAUGAAGGGAAAGGAAGAAAGUGCAGUAACUGAGGCAGAGACAAAGUCAAGAUUUUCAAACUAUGUUGAAGAGGUUAAGGAAUCACGAAGGGAGUACCUCAAGGGCAGAUCUGGAUAUUAUGUUAAACCUACUAAUCGACAAAAGCUAGCUUUACUCUGGGCCAAAAAGUAUCCAACAAGGGAUGAUAUUCCAGAAACUGUUGUACACCAGGAGAUUAUAUAUGCUGAGAAUACUGUAAGAACAGUAACUCUUUACUGGAUGUUACUGACAAUGUUUAUUACUUUUAUAACUUUAAUCAAAUGUGGACAAAGUAGAAAAAGAAUAUAUCAUGAAAAAAUCCGGAAGAAACAGGAAAAGAUUUUCCACGACAGAGAAGAAAGAUUUGAGAAGCAACUUGCAGAAUCAAAAAAUUAGUUGCUGAUAUUAUAAGAUUGAUUUAUUGCUGUUAUAACAUGACAGAUGGGUCAUGUUUAUAUUUAUGUUAUGCCAUUGGAUGUCUUUCUGUCCAACCACAAAUGGUCAAGGGUCACUGUAAUCGAAAACAGAAAUUAGGUGAAUUGAAGAUAUUAUAAUGUUUUAGUAGAAAGUCCCUUUAUUUGAACAACAGAAAACAGCAAACAGAAUGGUCCCUUAUGCUGUUGUUUCUAGAUAUGUGUAUGUAAUUUUGUGAUAACAUGUAAAGAUUUGUUUGUUUAUAUGUAUGUUUAUAAUAUGAGAUUUUAAGUCUGUAACAACAGUGGUUUAGGGUAAAAAGUGAAUAAUAAGAGUAAAAAGGUAUGGGGUUAAAAUAUAUACAUGUAAUGGGGUUAAGAAAGAUCAAUUAUAAGUUAAAAAGAAAAAAACACAAAUUGAAAUGACCUGUAAAUGUCAUUUUCAAGGAUCACUCCAUAAAGGACAAGGUCACUGUUAAAGGUCACAAGUUCGAGCCUGUUAUACUUUGUAUUUACAGUCUAACUUUUAAAUUGCUGGAGAGGUACAAUGUUCAUGAUGUCUUCCUUAUUUUGCCUACAUCAGCUUCAAGGUUUCAGAUGCCAAACUUUAAGGUUAAUGCUUCAACUCGAGAUUAAAUGUUUGAGUCAUCUGGCCUGGUUGUUGACAUGAUGUGCAGAGCUAGCAUCUCAUUCACCCAACUUUAAGGUUGUUGGAACACAAUUGAAGUUCAUCUGUGUUACCAUUCUGAUUCAUUCCUUACAUAUCUCUUGAAUAGGGAGAGGUAAUUUAUAUUUAUGAUGUUUCUUUUACAUUGCAACAUUGUGCAGGGCACGCUGAAGUUGCACAAUUUCUACACAUUUCCUAACACCUUUACCUUGUAUACAUUGCUGUCCUACUCACCAUUGCAUUUUUAUGGAGGAAAAUAGUUUUUUACAAUGUCUUACUUAUGACAUAAAUGAUUUACUGUAAACUUCAAAUAUAUGUACCUUAUCAGCAACCACAGUAUAUGUGGAAAUGUUCAUAACUCUAGUUAUAAAACAAGAAUUGUUUUUCCUUUGAACAUAGAGUUUGCUUUUAAUUAGUUCUUUUUUUAUAUUCUUUUCUGAUACUGGUGAGGUUUAUGCAGGCUUAAGGUAGAUAGUUGUUUCUUAUCUACAUACACACUGUAUGUGAAAAUGGUUCAUCUUGCAAGUAACUAUAUUUAAGUAUCACCUCCCUUUUUUGAACCAGAAUUUUACUUUAAAUUUGUUACCUUUUACUGUAUCUUUUUUAUCAAACUUCAAGGACAUGUUCCUUAUCAUAUCCACAUAAUAAAUGUUUUAAAUUUACUACCGUCAUUACAAGAAUUAUCUCCCCCUUUUAACUUUUGUACUUUGAAAAAAAAAAGUAUUUUUUAAGGAAUUUUAGAAUAUGGGCUAUGUUUUACAAAUGGUUGAUAACAAGGUAGGGUUAUUCAGAAUAAAUUUAUAGACAAUAGUAAGAAUAUGCCCAUCAAAUAUAUGUACUAUCUAAACCUAAAUGUGCAGUUUUGAGUUGUGGUACUUAGUGAUAUUAAAAUAGGGCAUUUUAAAGAAAAAUGAGUCAAUAUUUAUACUGGUGUGCUUGAUUUUUAUACUGGUGUGCUUAAUUUUUAUAGAUCAUCUUUGCAUAAAUGUGUAUUUUGAUAAAGAAAUAAUAACACCCAAAUUUCAAGUCCAUUUGUGUUAUUACGCUUCAGCCUUUUUAGCUCACCUGUCACAAAGUGACAGGGUGAGCUUUUGUGAUCGCUUUUCAUCCGGCGUCCGUCGGUAAACUUUUACUUUAAAUGACAUCUCCUCAUAAACCACUAAGCCAAUUUCAUCCAAACUUCACAGGAAUGUUCCUUUGGUGGUCACCUUUAAAAAUUGUUCAAAGAAUUUAAUUCCAUGCAGAACUCUGGUUGCCAUGGCAACCGAAAGAAAAAACUUUAAAUAUCUUCUUUUAAAAAACCAUAAGAGCUAGAGCUUAGAUAUUUGGCAUGAAACAUCUUCUAGUGAGUGUCUACCAAGUUUGUUCAAAUAAAAGCCCUGGGGUCAAAAUUGGCCCCGCCCCGGGGGGUCAUUGAUUUUCCCUAUAUGCAUAUAGUAAAAACUUAAAAAAUCUUCUUUUAAAGAACCCAAAGAGCUAGAGCUAAGAUAUUUAGCAUGAAAUAUGUUCUAAUGGGUGUCUACCAAGUUUGUUCAAAUAAAAGCCCUGGGGUCAAAAUUGGCCCCGCCCCGGGGGGUCAUUGAUUUUCCCUAUAUGCAUAUAGUAAAAACUUAAAAAAUCUUCUUUUAAAGAACUCAAAGAGCUAUGGCUAAGAUAUUGAGCAUCAAACAUGUUCUAAUAGGUGUCUACCAAGUUUGUUCAAAUAAAAGCCCUGGGAUCAAAAUUGGCCCCGCCCCAGGGGGUCAUUGAUUUUCCCUAUAUGCAUAUAGUAAAAACUUAAAAAAUCUUCUUUUAAAGAACCAAAAAAAUCUUCUUUUAAAGAACCAAAAGAGUUAGAGCUAAGAUAUUUAGCAUGAAACAUGUUCUAAUAAGUGUCUACCAAGUUUGUUCAAGUAAAAGCCCUGGGGUCAAAAUUGGCUCCGCCCCGGGGGGUCAUUGAUUUUCCCUAUAUGCAUAUAGUAAAAACGAGACACAAGUUUGUUCAAAUAAAAGCCCUUGGGUCAAAAUUGGCACCGCCCCGGGGGUCAUUGAUUUUCCUUAUAUGUGUAUAGCAAAAACUUAAAAAAUCUUCUUUGAAAAAACCCAAAUAGCUAGAGUUAGAUAUUAAGCAUGAAACAUCUUUUAGUGAGUGUCUACAAAGUUUGUUCAAAUAAAAGACCUGGGGUCAAAAUUGGCCCCGCCCUGGGGGUCAUUGAUUUUCUUUAUAUGUGUAUAGCAAAAACUUAAAAUCUUCUUUGAAAAAACCCAAAUAGCUAGAGUUUAGAUAUUAAGCAUGAAAUAUCUUCUAGUAAGUGUCUACAAAGUUUGUUCAAAUAAAAGCCCUGGCCCGGCCCCAGGGGUGUCAUUGUUUUUAACUAUAAUUAUGUGUAUAGUAAAAAUCUUCUUUUAAAAAGCCCAAUGAGCUAGAGCUUAGAUGUUUAGCAUGAAACAUCUUCUUAUGGGUGUCUACCAAGUUUGUGCAAAUAAAAGCCCUUGGGUUAAAUUGGCCCUGCAACGUUGGGGGGUGGGGGUUGGGGGGGGCCUAUAUACAGGUGAGCGACCUCAGGGCCAUCAUGGCCCUCUUGUUUAAUGUAGAAAUAAGAUAAGAAAAAUUUCUUGAAUUCUCAUGUAUGUAUGUAUUGGAUGUGAGGGCAUAGUAAGUUGUGACUGUUUGUUAUUUUAGGAUGCAAAAUUUCUAUUAGAAUUAUACAUGAAAUGAAUGACCAAUUGACUAUUGACAUUAUUUGCUAGUCUGCUAAAUUCAUUGAACUUUGUGGCAUUACAAGUAAUUAAUGAUAUUAAGUUCAUUUUCACUUAUUUUGAGGUACAUAAUUCUAAGAAUAUUCAAUCAUGUGACUUUCAUCAUAUAGCUGGGGAUAUUAUCAAGUCGACAAAUUUGUUAGUUUUUCUUAGUUUUGUGUUUCUUUAUUAUUCAGUAUUAAAUUAAUCAAGAAUUCUGCAUCCUGUGGCAGCUCUUGUUAAUUGAAAUCUUUUCAUGUUUCCUCUAACAACUUUGCAUUCAGGCAUUUUGCCUGCCAGUAUGUGAUGUUCUUGUAUGUACAUAUAAUGUUAAGUGUGCCUUUGAAUUAUAAUGCAUUGAAUAUAACCUGGAUGGAUAGAAAAAAAUUGUGAAAAUAUAUAUGUAAAAAAACUUGUAAUGUGA